CUGACUCCCUCUGCCUUCCAGAAGGAGAUAUCUCUCAGCACCAAGGAGAGGCUGGCCAUAGCUAAGAAGCUGAGUCUGCCUCAGAUUGUCCAGCCUCAAGACAAGCGUGAGAGCUCUCAUCACAAGUUCUUGUCAGCUGACCCAGAGCAGAGAUCAUUUCAGCCUUGCCCACCAGAGGUGGUGUUUCAGAAGUACACCCCUGGUGAGGUCUAUGAAGUGCCGGUGGUUCUGAGGAACAGGGACAAGGUUCCUCACUUGGUGAAGGUCACCUUGGAGAGCUCACCUUAUUUCCAGCUGGUGGGCCCCAAUGCUGUGUGCCGCAAGGUGCCACCGGGCCUCUACACGUCUGUCCGUGUCCUCUUCACCCCUGGGCAGAACAAGGAUUAUUUCCAUGAGCUCCUCUGCACCACUGAAAGGGAAGAGUUCAUUGUGCCAAUUUGGGCGGUCCCUUUCUCUGUCGUUCCGGCCAUGGGAACUCUGGAUGUCAGUUACGCCAUGAAUGUGGCAGUGGAAUUUCAGCCACUGCAGACUGGUGACCAUUCCGGGUCCCUUGUUGUGCGCUACGACACAGGUGAAGAGACCCACACAAGCCUUCAUGGAAGAGCUGUGGAUGUCCCCAUCAGGCUGGACAAGAAUACUGUGAGCCUUGAGAAGACGUACAUCACCAUGUCAAGCCGUGCAACCGUGCUCAUCCACAACCAGAGCAAUAUCACAGCCCGCUUCCAGUGGAAGGCUGUUGGUACUCAGGGAGAGGAGGAUCAGCUGGAGAUGAUGCAGUAUCCCAGGAUAUUUCAGGAGCAAAAGAAGAAGGUGUAUGAUUUGCUGAAGAAGUCCAGAGCGGGCGUCAUUUGCCAAGAACGCCUUGAUCUUCUGACCCACAGCUUCCAGAGUGAGGUGGCAAAGAUCAGAGAAGAUGCCAUGCUGUUCUGCGAUGAUGUUUUCUCCCUUGAGCCAAAGGAGGGUGAGAUCAGGCCGAAUUGCUCGGCUGAAAUCAGCGUGUUCUUCAAGCCCCAGAAAGCCCGGGUCUAUAAGCGAACGGUUUACUGCGACAUCUCAGGCCGUGAGAAGAGGAUGCCCCUGCUCCUCACAGGGGAAGGCCUCGGGCCCCGGCUCCAUUUUCACUUUGAGGAACUGGACAUCGGGGAGGUUUUUGUCAGAUUAACCCACACAUAUGAGGUGGUCCUGUUCAACAAUGGGCCUAUUAAGGCUCCCUUCAAACUCAUCCCUCCAAGCUCAGCCAUGGGCUCCUGCUUCACCUUCCUGCCCCAGGAGGGCAUCGUGGCACCCUCCUCACUCCAGGCCAUCCAGGUCUCCUUCUGUCCCACCAUCCUGGGGGAGUUUGAGGAAGAAUUCUCCUUCCAUGUGACUGAAUCCCCUGAGCCUGUGACCUUGACUGUCAGGGGCUACGUGAUCGGACCGACUUUCCAUUUCGAUGUGUCCGCCCUCGACUUCGGUGACAUCUCCUUUGGUUUUCCUCGCACCUUGAACUGUUGCCUGUUUAACACCUCCCUGACACCCAUAGACUUCCACCUCUACAUUCCUGGGGAUGGCUUGGGAGAGCCCAGUGUUGACAGCUCUACUCAGAUACUCAGAUGCAGUAGCCAGUCUUGGAGGAAGGAAGUUCGAGGUCUUAGGAGGCCAAGGGAGUUUGACAUAAGUCCCUGCAGGGGGACCGUCCGUGCCCUGGGAUCCCAAGAUAUCAAGGUCACCCUGUGUUCCAACACCGUUGGAGAGUACAAGCUGUGGCUGGUGCUGGAUGUGGAUGAUGUCGGCGAGAAGGUGUUGGCACUGCCCCUCACAGCCAGAUGCAUCGUUCCUCCACUGCGAGUGCUCAACCCUGUGCUGGACUUGUACUACUGCUUUUUAAAGACCCGCUAUGAUGAGAAGCUGACCCUUGUGAAUGACAGCGACUUUCCUGGCUGCUACUGUGUUCUCCCUCAGGAACACAGGGAGGAGGCUGCUGUGUGGUACUCCAGCUCUGCGCCGUCUGGGAUUAUCGAGGCUCACAGCUCGGUGCAGAUCCCAAUUGCAUUUGAGCCCCAGUUGCUGGGAGAGUGCAACAUCACUGCUGAGAUUGCCGUGUUUGGGAGAGCAGGAUCCCCACUGGCUGGGAAAUGCUCCUGCUGGAGGAUUGAGCCCAGUAAAGGAGUGGUCCCCCCUAAACGUGAGAUGUCCGUGGCUGUCAUAGCAAACCUGAAUGACACAGUAAAAUUCCAGGAGGAGGUGAAGGUGUUCAUUGACAACACCUAUAUGACCAUCAUCUCUCUCCAAGCUGUGGGCACUGGCACCACAAUUGUCACGGACAAACCUCUCAUGCCGAAGCUCGACUUGAAGUCCCAGUUCAGCUUUACUCCCUGCUACUUCCACUUCAAAAUAACAAACAGAGGACGACGCGUGCAUCGGCUGUACUGGAGCACCGAAGGUUUCCACAUGUUCGGGCACCGUACUCGUGCCCGUGCCCUCGGUGGCACCAAAAGCAAAGGUGCUUCCCCGGUGCCCAGACCUGGCAGCCCCGUGUUUAAGAUGCGGCCGCCGCAGGCGGACCUGAGGCCGGGCCAGAGUGUGGACAUGGUGCUGGAAGGCUGCUCCAGCACUGCCCAGGAGGUGAAGGAGCGGCUGCUGUGUCACGCUGUGGUGGGGAAAGAUAUAGCAAAGAAACAGAUAAUGCAAGUGGAUGUCAUCUGCAACUUCAUUUGCCCUGCUCUGCAAAUGUCUUCCAGAGCAAUCACUUUCCAUGUGGAAAAGAAACCCAGUGAUGUCCUGGUGCGGCAGUACAAGCCUUUGACUUUAAAAAACACCAGCUCCCUGCCAUUCAGAAUUGUGCUGGACUUGAAGCAGCCAUUCCUGAUCUGCAAUGUGGACCGGCAGCCCUUCCCUGCACAUUCCAAGCCUAUAACACUGGAUGCAGGGGAGGAACUUCAUCUCUACAUCCAGUUUAACCCAGCUUAUAAGAAGAAUCUGAACAGCUGGGUGGCAAAGAGGGUUCUCAGGGUGCGCUUCAUGGAGCAUCCUCGUAAGGAGAAGAUCACUGUUCGGGGAGAAGUCUGCUUCCCGAAUCUCCGUCUCCAGGCCAAGGCCGUGGACUUUGGCUGCAUCAUAAACGACACUGAACAAGUGCUGUACAUGGAGAUGACCAACUGCAGCCCACUGCCCGUGGAAUACCACUGGUCAUUCCUGACGGAUAGCCCGGUGAACACCAUAAAGAGAACUCUGACCGAGAGGAUUCUGCUCAAGAGGACUCUGAGCAGGAGCCAUCAGAUGUAUUCUGCCCAGGAAGUUUCUUAUGAGGAGGAUCCUGCCCGGGAAGAUCCUGCCCAGGAAGAUCCUGCCCAGGAGGAUUCUGCUCAAGAGGACUCUGAGCAGGAGCCAUCAGAUGCAGAGGAUUCCCUGAAAACUGAGGUGCUGUCAUCCACUCCUGGGGAGUCUCAGAGCCUGGUGAGGAUGAGGGGAUUGAGUCAAUUCUCAGAGAUGGAGCACCCCAACGUGGGAAUGCUGGAGGUUUUUGGUGUCCUGCCACUGUGGGGUGUGCUGCAGCCAGGACAGAAAGAGCAGGUCACCUUUACCUUCUUUGGCUACGCCAACAUCAUCGCCCGUGCCACGGCGCUGUGCCGUGUGAAGGGAGGCCCCACCUAUGAGGUGGUGCUGACCGGGCAGGCUUCAUGCCCCAGCUACCAACUGGUCGUGGAGGAGAUUGACUGGGGGCUGCAGAUGUUCAACAAAGUCCUCAAAGCAGAGAUCACCCUGCGGAACACCGGCGUUAUGAAAUUCACCUACGUGGUGCCAAACUCCAGCACUGGCACUGCAGCAAAGCCUCUGCCCGGGGUGCCCGUGGUCGUGCCCCGCAGAAUGUUCAACAAAGUCCUCAAAGCAGAGAUCACCCUGCGGAACACCGGCGUUAUGAAAUUCACCUACGUGGUGCCAAACUCCAGCACUGGCACUGCAGCAAAGCCUCUGCCCGGGGUGCCCGUGGUCGUGCCCCGCAGAAUAGCUGUGGAAUCCGGGGUGUGGCUGUAG